AUGAGUUUUCUUUCCAAGCUUUCGAAAAUACGAAAAUCAACAACUGCAUCGAAAGUCACAAUUCAAGAUACAUCACCGAAAAAGACUGACAGGGAACGCUCUUUGCUACCCAAAAAUUACAUAAGAGACGAAGACCCUGCAGUAAAAAGAUUGAAGGAACUAAGGCGACAGGAACUGCUAAAGAACGGUGCUUUGGCUAAAAAAAGUGGCGUAAAACGGAAACGCAGUACCUCAUCUGGGUCUGAAAAAAAGAGAUCGGAGAGGAAUGAUGAAGAUGAAGGUGGCCUGGGAAUCCGGUUCAAGAGGUCUAUUGGUGCCAGUCAUGCGCCACUCAAACCAGUGGUGAGAAAGAAGCCUGCACCUAUUAAGAAGAUAUCAUUUGAAGAGCUAAUGAAACAAGCAGAGAAUAAUGAAAAACAGCCCGCAAAAGUCAAGUCGCCGGAACCGAUUGCCAAGGUGCGCCCACAUCUUAGUAAGCCAGGCUUUAAAAGUUCGAAAAGACUACAAAAGAAACCAUCACCAGGUACAACACUGCAUGGGACACCUUCAAGAGAUAAUGGGGUGAAAUCACCAGAGUCACCCAGGCCCGUGAGGCUCAACCUGCCUACGAAUGGAUUUGCUCAACCUAAUAAGGCAUUGAAAGAGAAGUUGGAAUCCAGAAAGCAAAAAUCAAGAUACCAAGAUGGCUAUUACGAAGAAGAUAAUGAUAUGGAUGAUUUCAUAGAGGAUGACGAGGAUGAAAGCUAUCGUCGCAGAUCGAAGCAUGGCAGUGAGCCUGGGUAUGAUCGUGACGAAAUUUGGGCUAUGUUCAACAGAGGCAAAAAGCGCUCAGAGUACGAUUACGAUGACCUUGAGGAUGACGAUAUGGAGGCCAAUGAAAUGGAAAUCUUGGAAGAGGAAGAAGUCGCAAGAAAAAUGGCAAGACUAGAAGAUAAACGUGAAGAGGCGUGGUUAAAGAAGCAUGAGGAAGAUAAGAAACGGCGUAAAAAGGAUAUUCACUAG